AUGUCAGAACAAGAAUUUAAGCCUGUAACGGUCGAUAAACCCAUUCCAAACACCUAUGAUUUGGGUAACUUGGCUACAUUUGAUCCAAAUCCUUUGGAUAAUGAAAAAUUAAAAGAUGGAUCUCAGAAAGAAGAAUACUUAGCAUCUGUUACCAGAGACAAUGUACAAUUAUUAAUCAACCAAAUAUUAUCUUUGCCUGUCAAGACUACAACUGAUAGUCAUGGAUCUUCUACAGGUCAAAAUUCCACCAUGACUUUGAUUCAAUUACCUGAUCCAACCACCCAGUUACCUAGAGAAAAAGCCAUUCCAAAGACCAAGGCACCUACAAAAUGGGAACAAUUUGCUGCCAGAAAAGGUAUCAAGGCUAAGGCUAAGGAUGGUAAGAUGGUAUACGAUGAAGCAACUGGUGAAUGGGUUCCUAAGUGGGGUUACAAGGGUAAAAAUAAGGAACUUGAUGAUCAAUGGUUAGUCGAAGUUGACGAUAAAGUUAAAGGUACAGAAGAUGAAUUAAUUGAUCCAAGAACCUUAAACCGUGCGGAAAGAAAGAGAUUAAUUAAGAAGAAUGAAUUACAACAUAAACGUAAUUUAAAAAACCAAUCUUGA